ACGGAUUCCUGCGAUUGGCUACUCUGUAAUACUGACAAGCACUUGUCCAAUCAGAACAAGCCACACAGACUAGUAACCAAUCAAAACAAAGGAGGCAAAACGGACGCAAGUUUUCGAAAGAGUUCCCGGUCCAUCCUGACUGUGUUAAAACCGCCGCUCACACCGAAGAACUUCAACACAGAUGUUUUCGCGGGAAAUUUGGCUGCAAGACCACGCCCUCUCUCUCUGAUUGGUGGAGCUCGAACUGACCAAUGACCCAAUCAGAUCCCUGAUAGCAGAGACGGUUCAUCCAAUCAGCGGGCUCCUGGCUUGCUGACUGAACGGGUCUGUAUCGGUCACAUGACAGAGCGGAGUUUGAGGAGUGUUGGGUGAUUCCUGUUAUUCACUCAUUCAUCAUGCCGACCACUCAGCAGUCACCCCAGGAUGAGCAGGAGAAGUUGCUGGAUGAGGCCGUCCAGGCCGUCAAAGUGCAGUCCUUCCAAAUGAAACGGUGUCUGGACAAGAACAAGCUGAUGGACGCCCUGAAACAUGCCUCAAACAUGCUGGGGGAACUGAGAACGUCCAUGCUUUCACCCAAAAGCUACUACGAACUCUACAUGGCCAUUUCAGAUGAGCUGCACUACCUGGAGGUCUACCUGACCGACGAGUUCGCCAAAGGACGCAAAGUGGCCGACCUCUAUGAGCUCGUUCAGUACGCUGGGAACAUCAUCCCUAGACUGUACCUGUUGAUAACGGUGGGCGUGGUGUACGUGCGCUCGUUCCCUCAGUCCAGGAAGGAUAUUCUGAAGGACCUGGUGGAGAUGUGUCGUGGGGUCCAGCACCCUCUGAGAGGACUGUUCCUCAGGAACUACCUGCUGCAGUGCACGCGCAACAUCCUGCCUGAUGAUGGAGAACAGGCCGAAGAGGAGAUGACCGGCGACAUCAACGACUCGAUCGAUUUCGUCCUGCUGAACUUCGCCGAGAUGAAUAAGCUGUGGGUGCGAAUGCAGCACCAGGGACACAGUCGAGACCGCGAGAAGAGAGAGAAGGAGAGGCAGGAGCUCCGAAUCCUCGUCGGUACCAACCUGGUCCGGCUCAGUCAGCUGGAGGGCGUCAACGUGGACAAAUACAAACAGACUGUGCUACCCGGAGUCUUGGAGCAGGUGGUGAACUGCAGAGAUCCUCUGGCGCAGGAGUACCUCAUGGAGUGCAUUAUACAGGUCUUUCCGGAUGAGUUUCACCUCCAAACACUGAACCUGUUCCUCCGAGCCUGUGCUGAGCUGCACCAGCAUGUCAAUGUCAAGAACAUCAUUAUAGCCCUGAUUGACCGGUUGGCUCUGUUUGCCCACAGAGAAGAUGGACCCGGCAUCCCUGCUGAAAUUAAACUGUUUGACAUUUUCUCGCAGCAAGUCGCCACAGUUAUUCAGUCUCGCCAGGACAUGCCUUCGGAGGACGUGGUUUCACUGCAGGUGUCCCUCAUCAACCUGGCGAUGAAGUGCUACCCUGACCGCGUGGAUUAUGUGGACAAGGUUCUGGAGAGCACCGUGGAGAUCUUUAAUAAGCUGAACCUCGAGCACAUCGCAACGAGCAGCGCCGUCUCCAAGGAGCUCACCAGGCUGCUGAAGAUUCCCGUGGACACGUACAACAACAUCCUGACUGUGCUGCAGCUGAAGCAUUUCCCUCCUCUCUUCGAGUACUUCGAUUACGAGUCGCGCAAGAGCAUGAGCUGCUACGUGCUUAGCAACACCCUCGAAUAUAACACCACCAUCGUCACCCAGGAGCAGGUGGAUGCGAUCCUAAAUCUGGUCUCCACACUCAUCCAAGAUCAACCCGAUCAGCCUGCGGAGGAUCCCGACCCAGAGGAUUUUGCAGAGGAGCAGAGUUUAGUUGGCCGCUUCAUCCACCUGCUGCACUCGGAGGAUCCUGACCAGCAGUACCUGAUUUUAAACACAGCCAGGAAGCACUUCGGAGCCGGGGGUAAUCAGAGGAUCCGCUACACGCUGCCCCCGCUGGUGUUCGCCGCCUAUCAGCUGGCUUUCCGCUACAAAGACAACGCUUCCUCGGAUGACAAGUGGGAGAAGAAGUGUCAGAAGAUCUUCUCUUUCGCCCACCAGACCAUCAGUGCGCUCAUAAAGGCUGAGCUGGCCGAGCUACCCCUACGACUCUUUCUCCAGGGGGCUCUGGCAGCCGGGGAGAUCGGCUACGAGAACCACGAAACCGUGGCCUACGAGUUCAUGUCCCAGGCGUUCUCUCUGUACGAGGACGAGAUCAGUGACUCCAAGGCCCAGCUGGCAGCCAUCACACUCAUCAUCGGAACAUUCGAGCGGAUGCGCUGCUUCAGUGAGGAGAACCACGAGCCCCUGCGCACCCAGUGUGCCCUUGCUGCCUCCAAACUGCUGAAAAAGCCCGAUCAGUGCCGUGCCGUCAGCAUCUGUGCCCACCUCUUCUGGUCCGGGCGCAACACAGACAAGAACGGCGAGGAGAUCCGUGAUGGGAAGCGCGUGAUGGAAUGCCUCAAGAAGGCCCUGAAGAUCGCCAACCAGUGCAUGGAUCCGUCUCUACAAGUUCAGCUCUUCAUCGAGAUCCUCAACCGAUACGUCUGCUUCUACGAGCGUGAGAAUGAUGCGGUGACCGUUCAGGUCCUGAACCAGCUCAUCCAGAAGAUCCGAGAGGAUCUGCCCAACCUGGAGGCCAGCGAGGAGACCGAGCAGAUCAACAAACACUUCCACAACACACUGGAACACCUGCGUCUGCAGAGAGAGUCGCCCGAGUCCGAAGGUCCAGCGUACGAGGGCCUAGUGCUGUAGGGGCCACACACUCAUUCCUACCUACGUCUCUUUGUGUAUACACCAGUAGGGAGAUAGAGUACGUAUAUCCGCCUGGUCAUUGCUCCAGGGUUUCCAGGUAAAGAAAUUCCAACUAACCUCACCUGCCAUCUUUGUGUUUUUCUCGAUCUGUAGUUAUUCAGUUCUCUCUCUCCCGCUCUCUCUCUCUCUCUCUCUCUCUCCCUCCCUCUCUCUCUCUCUCUCUCUCUCUCUCUCUCUCGAUGAUCUUUACCAUGUGUUUAGUUUGCCGUUGCGAGUAUGCAGUGUAGACGUGCAUUUUCUGUUCUCAUCAGGCAGUCAUAAAAAAAAGAUAGGGGCACAUAGACGGGCUGCGGAUCACACUGGAGAAAUAAAAGCUUUCUGUUUGCUUCAUGCAUCACUGCGGAGGCUCAUUACGACGCGACACGUUCGUUCUGUAUCCGUCCCAUGCGGCGUGAUUUAGGUGUUUAAGAAGACUGCAACCAUUAGUGCAACAUUUUGCUCCCUAAUUCUCUGCAUUCUCUGGAUUUAUUUCCUCGUCUCUGUGGGGUUUCUUUGUUUGGUUUUGUCGACCAUAUGCUGGACUAAAAUGAUGAAAUAAGUUCAGACGCUGAUGCGUUGGCUUUUCCACAGAGUGCAGGCUCACGCAGACGUGCGCGGAUGGAACAAGUGUCCGUGGCUCACAGUGUCUCUAAGCCCCGAGCAUCGUUUCCUUUUCGACCUCAUUGUUUCCCUCUUUUAUUGUAUGUAUAAUCUUAUUGUAAAUCAGUCGUAACAGAAAAAAAAGUAUCAGAAGUAUCAUUGAUUUCAUGACAUUUGCACAAAUAAACAAAUUAUUAAUCCCACAA